AUGUCUGACUUGCAGUAUACCAAGAGAACCUACACCCUCAACACGGGGGACAAAAUCCCGGCUGUUGGUCUGGGAACCUGGCAAUCCAAGCCCAAUGAGGUCCGUGAAGCUGUAAAGGCUGCUUUGCUGGCUGGUUACCGGCACAUUGAUACUGCCCUUGCCUAUCAGAACGAAAAAGAAGUCGGAGACGGAAUUAGAGACUCCGGCAUUCCUCGCGACCAAAUUUGGAUCACCACCAAGCUUGACAAUACAUGGCACCACCGCGUUCAGGAUGGCAUCAACUCAUCUCUGAAAUCCCUGGGCGUAGACUAUGUUGAUCUCUACCUAGUUCACUGGCCAUCAUCAACAGACCCAAGUGACAAGAAGAAGCAUCUUCCCGAUUGGGACUUCAUCAAAACAUGGGAGGAGAUGCAGAAACUGCCUGCCACCGGCAAGGUCAAGAACAUUGGAGUGUCCAACUUCGGCAUUCAGAACUUGGAAAAGCUGCUUAAUGCUCCCACGACCAAGAUUGUUCCGGCCGUUAACCAGAUUGAAUUGCACCCUAACAACCCCUCGCCUAAACUAGUUGCAUACAACACGUCAAAGGGGAUCCACUCCACCGCAUACUCCUGCUUGGGUUCAACGAACUCGCCCUUGUACAAGGAUCCAACCCUCCUCCAGAUUGCAGAGAAAAAGGGGAAGACCCCUCAACAAGUUUUGCUAGUCUGGGGCCUACAUAAGGGAUGGAGUGUCAUUCCCAAAUCAGUCAAUAAGGAGCGUAUCGAGAAGAACUUCCAACUUGAUGGAUGGGAUUUGACUGCCGAGGAAAUCGAGCAAUUGAGUAAUCUCAAAGAUCGUUUCAAGGUGUGCGGAGAUGCAUGGCUACCUGUUAAGGUGUUCUUUGGUGAUGAUGAGUAG